AUGGAGCUCUUGGUCGAGGCCGCGAGUGAGGUUCCCCAGGGCUGCUUCGUCAGCGUUCGCCUUGGUGACAAUCUGAAGCAGCGACGUUUCGACAAGAACUCCGCAAAGUAUCAUUUUCCGAUUCCUGAAGAGAAGCGCAAAGCGCGGAUCGAUGUCUACCAGCUCGUGGGCACGUGCUCAGUGCAGGUUGACCCAGCAUCUAGCGGCAUGGAUGAGGUCAAGGUGAUCUCCUCCGAUCCCAAAGCAGAGGGCAUGAAGCUUCGUGUCAGCUCGAGCAGCAAGGAGCUGAAGGCUGAGGACACCGCCAAACAACGCCGGGAGAUUGAGACCGAGACGAAGGACGCUGCUGUGGGGUACCUGGCGAAGCAUGGAAUCGAGCAGAGGCUUUCCGAAUGCCUCCGAACGCUGCUGAGGAUGAAGCCAGAAGAUCCCGUUGAGUUCAUGUGCAAGUUCCUGAAAGCUGGUGUGCCCGGAGAAGGGCCACAAGCUCCCGCACCAGAGAAGCCGGCGGAGAAGCCUGCGGUCAAUGUGCUCGAGCCACCAGCUCCUCCACCGAAGCAAGAGCCAGAGGCCUCCCGUGGCGAUGCCCGCGCUGCUCUCAUGAAAUCCGUUCGCGAAGGCGGAGGCGACUUGAUUGGCGCUGUCGAGGAGGAGUCCGCCGCAAGCGCACCCUUCACUCUCAGGCCGUCCGUCGGCACGUGGUACAUGCCGCUGCCGCUGAAGACCCCGGCCCCUGCGCCGAUGCCAAAGGAGGAGAAAUCUGAAGCCCAUCCUGCCCCUCCGAUGGUGUCCUUUGGCCGCAAGGCCUCCAUGGAGAUGCUCGUGGAGGCGCCUGCUGUUGGCGACUGGCUCAUGCCCAGCGCUGGCAAUCUGAGCCUGCAGGGCUUGGGAACAUCAGCGGCAGAGUGCUGUGAAGCUGAGCGCCUCUUGACGAAGGCCUUGCUGGAGUUUGGUGGAGAGCUUGAGGGUGAGUACAUUCCUUUGUCGCCCACAUUUGCAGCGCACCCAGGAGGUGCCAGCGACUCGGUGAAAGCAACGCUGAAGUCCAAGAACCUGCUCUUCGAUGCUGCAGACUUUUCUGGCAGAGGGGUCUAUGUCACGGAGGCCGAGGAUGUUGCGCUGUGGCUGAAUGCAAGCAAGCAUCUGCAGAUUUUGGUGAACAAGUCUGCCAAGAAGCAGAUGAUUCACAAGAUCGACAUGGUGGUGUCUGCCCUGCAGGGACCCCUGUGCCAAGACGGCUAUGCGCUAAGCUCAUAG